ACAAAACGAGUUAUAAAAUUCAAAAUUAAAACGAGUGUAGUCAUUAUUCUAUUAUUAUUAAUUUGAUUCUUCCAGUUGCAAAUGAUUAAACAGUGAAGCUAAUGCUCGCCGCAUUACAAUGGUUGAGAAUUGCUUUGGUAGUUCUGGUCAGUCUUUAGCAGUACCUGGAAGAGUCUUGGUUGGCGAGGGGGUUUUAAUAAAAAUGUGUCGAAAAAAAUCCAAACCACGACAAUUUUUUCUCUUUAAUGAUAUAUUGGUUUAUGGAAAUAUUGUUAUUAAUAAAAAAAAAUACAACAAACAACAUAUUAUACCUUUAGAAGAAGUCAAACUGGAAUCGUUGGCAGACGAAGCACAGUAUCGAAAUGGAUGGCUUAUAAGGACAGUUACAAAAUCAUUCGCUGUUUAUGCUGCUACUGCUACAGAGAAACAAGAAUGGAUGGCUCACAUCACAAAAUGUAUUGAAGAUUUAUUACGAAAAAGUGGAAAAAAGCCAGUUGAAGUACAUGCUGCCGUUUGGGUGCCAGACAAUGAAGCAACUAUCUGCAUGCAUUGCAAUAAAACGCAAUUUACUGUUUUAAAUCGACGGCAUCAUUGCCGUCAAUGCGGUGCUGUAGUUUGUGGCCCUUGCAGUAAUAAAAAAUUAUUUUUGCCAGGCCAAGGAAAUGGAAAAUCUGUUAGAGUAUGUUUACAGUGCUAUGACGACGCGAACAAAGUGAAGACUUCUUUAACUGCUAUUGACAAUUACAAUAUUUUGGAGCAAUCAGGACAAUUAGCCGACAGCUCAGGUGGUGAUAGUUCAGGUGAUGAAGAUGAAAGUAACAAAGAUGAAAAACACGAUGAGCCUAAAUUUUACUCUGUACUUGCUCAAUGAAAGAUAAUUGAUCCCAAUUAACGUAUUGAAAAAUUUAAUAUACGAGCUUGCAUCUUUUCAAGAAUAACCAAUUUUUUUUUAAUAAUAAAAGAAAUAAACAAGAGUAAUUCUUAUAUUUUCUGAAAUAGAAGUAUCAUUAAACAUAAUAAAUAAUUCUCUUAUAAAA